AUGGCUUGGAAAGCUAUUACAGUAUUACCAAAUGUCCGAAAUACAAGUAAAAAGGAAUUGAUGGACUUCCUUCAACAAUACAUUAACCCUCAACUUGAACGCAUUGAAGAUCUUGGCAGCGGAUUCGAUUUAUGUUUCGGGAUGUUUUUACUUUUUCCUAAUUCUAUUAAAAUUUCUGAUAUUAGGUUCGGUAAAAAUCUAAGUGUUAGCUCGAGACAUAAUAAUUUUAAACGGCUCCAAAGUGCAUUCAAUGCUGUUGGUGUAGAAAAGAAUUUCCCAAUGGAAAAUAUGAUGCGGGGAAACUUCCAAGCCAACUACUAUUUUGGACAAUGGUUUAAGGGUUUUUUUGAGGCUAACUACAGUGGCGAACCUUACGACGUAAAUCAGCUACGCCAAAUGUGCUGCAACCGAACAGCAUCAAAAGAUCGAAAUACCAAGGAAAUACGCGGAGGAGAAUGCAGGUUAGCAGCAGAAACCAAGAGAAUGCCAAAGUACAUCAAACAAAGAGCAGCUAUUACCUCUCCUACUACUUCUUCUCUUCCACCUCCUCAUCAUAGUUCUAAUUCUCCUCCUCCUUCAAGGCUACAAAGUGCUGUGUGCAUAUUAACUAAGGCCAAUUUGGUAGAUACUUUGUCACAGACUGACGAAACUUAUUGCGGGAUUAUUAACAGCAUUUACAGCUUCGAACAAGAAGCAGAUGAACAAAAAGAAGUUCGAUUUGAUUUAUUACGAGAGAAAGCAGAGCUUGAACAAGCAGUUAGGGAUCUUCAGAAAGAAAAGGAAAAGUUGUCCAGUAAUUACGAACAUUCGAAUCGGGAAAAGAGGUAUUUCUAUGAUAAACUACGUGAAAUCGAAAAGUUAUGCCUCGAGGAACCGAUAGACAGCUUGAGAAUGUCAAUAAAAACAGUCUUAUAUCAACAAGGGAUUCCUUUAUAA